GUUUGCAUUCCUUGGAGAGAUCUCCUCUGGAGUACUGGCCCUUCAGAUUCUGGAUGGGCAGGCGGGUUUUCAAGGAGCUGCAGCUCUGAGGAUUAUGGUAAUCUCUGAGUCACCUUUAGCUGGACCACACUGAAUAAAAAGCUAGAGAGACUGAAAACUCUCCAGGAAGGAAAAAUAUUUAACAGCAUCUUCCACAGAGAGAGAGAGAGAGAGUCUGGGAAUCUCUGGAAUGGGACAGCGUGGAAGUGAAGCGAUGGACAGAUAGAAGAAGGAAGAAGCAACGAGGGAAAGAUAUCUUGAUACAGACGCAUAUAAAAUUUUAAAUAUACACAGAGAGUAUCAGAGAUCAAUGCAGAGUGAAAAGAGACAGGAGAGAGCAGAGAGAUGACCUGACCGACUUGACUCCUCAAAGGCAGACGAGAGUGACGGUGUCCUUGGGAAGGAGAAGGCAAAGUGACACAGUUGAAUCAACAGAAAGAUACAGAGCACGGAUGGAAUAAUAAAACACAGAGCAUCUCCAAAAGGCACGGUGACAAAGCAAAAGAAUGAGGUAGAAGGAGAGAGAGAAAGUCUUCAGAAGAAAGAGCAGCGGAAUACACUGAAAAAUGGAAAGGCAGAGCGAAACCACCAGCCCAGAUGGACUGAGGGAGGGAGAGCAGAAGAUGAUGGAGUGGUAAUAAGUGAAGAAGGGACCCACAGACAGAGCCCUGCAGACAACCGGAAGCAUGGCAAAGAGACUCCAGCAGGAGAAAUCAGAGGAGGUAACAUGCUGAGGGAGAAUCAGAGCGCUGAAGAAGACUGAGAGGCAGGGCGGUGGACAACAGAGCUGCAAAGGAGCAUCUUUCCUCCCAAACGUGCAAUAAGGCAGUCCAUCCCAAACGGAGCAACAGUGGAGGAAGGUCCGGUGAAGGGCGUGAAGAACUGGGUUGCCACCACACACUCCCGAAAAGUGAUUCUUGGGCCUGAGCUGCGUAGAAGAGCCAAGCCUUGAGGUCUGCAGCUUUUCCCCCAUGGCUCGUGCCCCACCGUCACCUCUGACCCCUAGCAACAUCCCGCGGAACCUGAGCUACAUCGCAGGCCUGUAUGAGCGAGCCUACUACCGCACCGCCCGGCCGAGCAUAGCAGAGGACUCUGGGACCGAGGGCUCCGAAUCCGAGUCGGAGAGCAGGCCCCGGAGCAGGCCCCGGAGGCGGCGCCACGUCUUUGGAGGGCACAAGCGGAAAGGAAGGCGCCGGACUCGCUCGGCCCCUGCCCGGGGCAGAAGUCGGGGGGCCUCGCGCAGCCGCAGCCCCGGGACACGCAAGAGGGUUCGCUUCGCCGACUCCCUGGGCCUGGAGCUCACCAGCGUCCGCCAGUUCUGGCCCAACGACCUUCCAGAGGUGCCGGAGCGUGUCCAUGCCCAGCUGAGGCGCGACUCACUCAGCCACUUUGCCCCGUGCCUGCCUUUUUGCCCACCUGUGAAGGAUCCUUUGAGUCUGCGGUACCUACUGGAGCCCACCUUCCCAGACCCCCUGUCCAUGCCAGAUUUCUUACCGCGCCUCCUGGCGCAGUGCGUCCUCCUCGAAGGGGCCCGGGCCGAAGGCUCCAGUGUAUCCGGCACCAUCCGGGUCCUCAACUUGGCCUACGAGAAGCGGGUCUCCGUGCGAUACACCUGGGAUUCUUGGGCUACGCAACACGAAGCUCGGGCAUCCUACGCCGCUCCUGCCGGCCGGGAUCGGGACCACGCCGACCGCUUUGCCUUCCGCCUUCCGCUGCUCACGCCGCUUGUCCCUGGGGUUGUCCUAGAGUUUGCAAUUUGCUACCUUGUCGGGGCAGAAGAGUUCUGGGACAACAACCAAGGCCGCAACUAUUGCCUGAGGCCUCCACCCUGUGUGGAUGAGGAGGAUGAGCCCCCCAGCCCCACUGCCGAUUGCUGUGAGACAGGGUGGAUACACUUCCUCUAAGGGAACAUAGAGCCAUCCAAAUAAAAUAGGAGGAAGGGCAGGAACCAAAGGACAGAACAGAGCAGAAGGGGGGACUUGCC